AUGCAUCGUUGUCUAGACGGCCUCGCUAUGAGCCCACCAUCUGCUUCCAUCGAGAAUACAAUGGCAGGCAUCGCCGUCUCAGACGUCGUCGAACACGGGGGCUUCACCCCGCCUAACCCGUCGCCCUCGAACAGCGACGUCGUCGUCGACCUGGGAGUGCUCCCAGACUCCCCAUCCAAACUAUUCCCAAAGAAUGUUGCUUUUGAACUCCUGCUCGACGAAGAGUCCAAAAUGAAAGCUAGAAUACCAAUGAGGGUGCAGAUCUUCCCUCAUGAUACCACCGAUUCCAUCGUCACCACCGUCAAAAAUUUUUACGGCAUCUACGACGGUAGAGGGAGCGGUGUGAGUUUCGAGGAUGAAACCGGCACCACCCUCAUCGCACGCUACGAGAACCUGCGAAACAAUAUGACCGUCUAUGUCCGUGUCAUCCGCAGCCAUGACUAUUCAACCGCCCACCAGCCCUUCGGCCAGCAACCUCUGCUGGACUCCGAACCACGACCCUGCCUCGGCGAGCCCUUCCAGCCAUCGACCGACCACGGUCGCUCGUCUUCCCGCGCCGCAUCCCGAGCUUCCCUGAAGCGCAGCGCCUCCCCUGCUGGUCGUGGGCGUCGAAGUGCUUCCACCCAAAAAGCCUCGCGCGCUGGCAAUAAAAGCAGAGGCUCCAGCACCCAUGGCAGCUUCCACGACGACAAUCUGGUUCCCUAUAGCGACAGCGAUGGAGGGCAUACCUCGAUCACCAGCUCUAAGAAGGGCAGGGUCGAUCAUUUUGCUAGUUCCGAGAUUAGUAUGGAAAAUAUCCUCCACGAUGGGAGAAGAAAGCGACCCAAAUUCGAGAGCUCGGAACUGCCGCUCUUCGCUCCACCCCAGGUCCCCAUAACUACAUCUGCCUCUUCUAUCUCACCCCAACGUCGCUCCACCCUCCAGGAUGGAGCCUCACCUUUUGCGAGGCCAAUGCAUCCCUUUGAUGCGCAGCUCUCUCUACACUCACCACAUGGUGUUAGAAACCAUGAGCAAUUGAAUGCUCUCCAGUAUUCAGGCAACUCGCCUUGCGUGGCGCCCCAAAAUGGCCAUCGCCUACGUGAACGCGCAAAUUCCUACUCUGUCCACGUGCACAGGAACAACGAUGGCAUCCUCCCCACUCCAGACCCGACAAUUGCCAGCUGUAUCUCAGAUGAAGAUGUCGCUAUGCAGUUGAUUCGCUUGGGCGACGCUACCAAUUUCUCCCACGGUCGUCCAUCUCUGUCGACUGCCGACGACGCUUUUAGUGGCGUUGCAGAUGCGUCCUCUACGGGACAGACAACGGAUGGGGAGAUGAGUGCCGACGACGAGUCUCGAAACGCUGCAGAGUUGGAAUACAGUAGCCGCGGGUCCGGCGAUGAUAAUGGAGCGCAUCACGCAGAUGAGUUUGUGGCAAAGCACGAAGUUGAGCGUGAUGCGUUCUACGAUACCCAAACUGCUAGGACCAAGCGAUCUAAAUUCAAGUCUACCAGUGGGAUGGCGCCCAAGACAAAGCAGGGCACUAUUUCUCGAUCCGCAAAGGUGACUAAAGCGCGCCCCGGCAUGGUGCCUCGAAAGACAAAGGCAAUAGUCGCCAACGGCAUUGGCGCAGCGCCGCUUGUCUCCGCCGCAAAUCACCAGCAUGCUCGCAAGCUAUCUACUUCCGGACUGAAUUUCCAGCACGAACUUGCCGCCGACGAAGAAGAUCUGUCCACCAAGCCACGAUGCCAGCGAUGCCGCAAGAGCAAGAAGGGCUGUGACCGCCAGCGGCCCUGCCAGCGUUGCAGGGAUGCCGGAAUCGGCAUCGAGGGAUGCAUCAGCGAAGACGAAGGCAACGGGCGCAAGGGCCGAUACGGGCGCCACAUGGGGGUGCCCAUCAAGAAAGCGGUGGAAUCGAUGCCCGCGCAUCUACGCUUCCAAACCGCGGAUACUGCAGCCGCUACCUUCCAAGUUCCUACCUCUCAGGGCAUCAACAAGAAAAGAAAGCGUUGA